GCUUUCAAAAAAUUGGUGUUGAGGUUAUGUUGAAUAAUUCAGUUUAACCGUUUGUGCAAAUUAUUUUUUAUAACAAAUUAUGUCAUUCAACGUUAAUUACGAUUCGUAUUCAAUUGCAAAAGUGACCCCGUUACCUGCCUUACCACCGCCGACGAUCAUAGAUGAUACUGAGAAUGAAAACAAACCAUUUUUCUGCGAGAAAACGAUAGGGGGCAUAUUGGAGGGUUCAAAAUACGUUUGGAAAGCGAAUGGAUCGCAAUUCCGUUUGUUCGAUUCGGGAGGCGGAAUUAAAAUUGCCUCUUGGAAUUUCGCCGUGGCAAAUCUAACACAAGAGUCUAGGGUGACGUGCGUUGCCGAAUUUAAAAGGUGCAAGAAUAAGCUUCCCUUUUUAAUAAUUGGGUUGGAGAAUGGCUGCCGUGGACAGAUUUGUAUCUUUGAUUUGGUAGGAUCGAGAGUUUUAAAAACCAUCGAUUUAGAUUACAUGGUUACUUGUAUAUGUGUUAUCGACAGAAGUGGUCAUAUUUCUUUAUUAACAGAAGCUCUAGAUGCUUUCGAUGGGAUAGUCGCAGUAGGGACUGUGAAAGGAAAUGUGUAUCUACUUGACUUAUGCCAAAGUGAAUAUGAAGAAGCAUUGCAGAAUGUGGCAUACGUUACGGACGAGGUUAAUAUUAGUGAGGUCGAAAUUUUGUACCCCCUUGAAAUACAUUCAGUGGACGUGGACAGUUAUCGAUGCUCUACCAACAAUAGACAUUUAUUGCUUCAUUUAAAUGCUGUUACGGACAAUGUGGAGCAUUUUGUUUUGAAAGGACCCAAAGGUGUCAAUCGCCUUUUUGCUGCAAAGGAAGAGGUGCAAGUGAGUGCACUCCAUUACUGCUCGCAGCUGGGAUCUUUGCUUGUCGGAUAUAAUUUUGGUGCGUGGCAGUUGUGGGAUUUUGCCAAUUUAGAACUUGUAUACACUUCAUCCGUUCAUGAAGAGAAUAUUCCUGUAUCUCAUUUUGCAGUCCAGGAGCCUUGCGAUGAUCCACGAGCUUUUUGCUAUAUGUGGGCUGUAUACAGUCACACAGAACCGUAUCAACAUGCAACACCAGUUGCUGUUUUGUACGCAUUAAAUUAUGAAAGUAAGUCGGUUCAUUCCAAGUAUGGAGUCCUGUAUAAGAAUCUACAAUCCUGUACAGUUCGGUUUCAAAUUACUCCCACAACUGAUAACGAGAAUGGAAUGAAUCCCACUCAAAUUGCUGCCAACUGUAUUCGUUUGCAGGUGGUUAAUAAAACCGUAUCAAAACACUCUCUAAAUGGACAGGAUGAGAUUAUUACAGUGUGCUUUAUCAUUUGGAACAUAUCUGGUGGACGAAAACCGGAAGAAUGUAAAACGUACUUGAAUUUAUUUGAUUUGAAUCAAUGGUACAAGGAACAUAUGCCAAAUUCCUCCCACUCGAACAAUGCUGAACCUUUUACCAGUCGCAUCUGUUUAACUAACAUAUUGACGAAAUCCAACAAUCACCAUUCUCCGCUUUUGGACGUAAGAAUUGGAGAAGAAGGUUUACAUCAAUUUCUUGGUUCGCAAAAGUUGGAGGAACAUUACUAUCCGUCCUCUCUGGCAUUCCAAAUCACAAGCUUGAGCGACGACGCAGUUACUGUUGUAAAUAAUAAAGGCAGUCAACAAGCGAUGAUCACCAGGUUGGAAUCUCUGGGACCGUCUGUUCUAUUAAACCCCACGGAUACUUUCGCAGUCGUCGCCGGUAUGGGUUUGACACCGUUGUUUGUUGAAACCCCUACUAAAAAUGCCCCACUGGAUGACCAACGCGAGUUUCUAUUAAGUGCCGCUUUAGAACAACAAAUGCUGAGUUGGUUGUGCAAGUGUGUAACUGCAUGGAGCAGCGGUAUUUGCGACACUGACGGCUGCAAUUUAAACUUCUUACUAAAAUGGGCUUGGCAUCGAGCACAGGUUUUAAAAGAGAAUGCGGACAGGCUUGCUGUUUCUCUCUUUGACUAUUCCGGUGUGGUAUUGGACGGUAACUCUCAGCAACUUGUAAACCACUGUUUAAAACAAAUCCGAAAUUUGUCCGCGUUAUUCAAGUUUGUGAUCGACAAAUAUUUGGGUUUCGUACUAGAUCCUGAUGAGAUUUUAAUUCAGUUCGAGUGUUUGGAGGUCGCCUACAUUUACUUGGAGGUUUUACACUGGUUUCAGAAUGUGGGUCUAUUGCCGGAAUGCGCCUUAUCAAAUUAUCCGAAAGUGGACGAGUUUGAUCGCAUAUACGCGCCAUAUCCGGUCGAUGAUUUAGUAAAAUAUUAUAGCAAAAGGAGAACUGAACUAAAUUCGUGCAGUAUGAAAAAAUUUGGGGCAAAAGAAAGUCUUCUGUUUAUUGAUAAUCUCAUUGAGAAGGAGUGUGGGGCACACCAUUUGCAAAAGCAGUGGGAGGACGACGGUGGCUCGGGGAUAUAUCCUCCGUUAUCGCUACAGGCGUUGAUGCGUUCAUAUUUGGUGGAGAAUAUUAAGAUUAAAUUUAAGCAUCAUGUGGUGACAUAUUUUUUGCUUGAUUUGGUGCUGACGUUACAGGAUAAGAGGUAUCAAUCCACCAUAGCGCAUUUAAUAAAGUUCCCGUCCGUCUUCCAUUUGAGUCCAAGUUCCAUCAAAAUUAUUCAAUCAUUUUGGCAAAUUGAUCAUGGAAACUUUGAGGAAGGUAUAAGACAGCUCUUAGAUCCAAUCAUUUCGUCAACUGACCUGAAAGAGUGGCACCAUCGGCUUGUGUUGAAAACUCUGCUCGCCCAAGAACAAUACAAUUUCGCCCUAUUCUACUUGCAGGCUAGACGUCCUGCCGUAACGGAUCUCAAUGAUUUGUGCACAAUUAUAAGUUUAUACAUUGCCAAUAACAUGGUAGACGAGGCGUUUCAUUUUCAACGUCGACACCACCACACCGACGUCUCGUUAAAGUUGUUGCAGCAUUUUUUCAAAGAAUGUGACAAAAGUGGUAACAUUGAAUCCAUUCUAUUUCUCCCCUUGUGGCCAGAGGAGGAGGAGGCCUUUAUGAAGUACUUAACGGAUGUAAAUCAUUCUCAAAGAUCUUACAUUCAAAUACUCUACUAUACGCAACGUUCCCGAUACGUCGAGGCGAUGAAGGUCAAUGACAGCACAAACCUGGUUCAGUUUCAAAAUAAGGGAUUGCAAGGAAAACAGCUAAUUACAGAUCAAGAUCGAAUUAUGAAUCAUUUGGAAUGUAUUUCGAAUCCUUUGAGUAAAACCAUUUUAGACGAAUGCAAGAAAAUCGACGUCAAUACAAAGAGAGGUACCGCUUGUACGCCAUUGUCAGUCUUCGUGCACAAUUCACAGGAACGUAUCAAGUAUAAAUCAUCCUUAAUUGAGGCCGCACUCAUAAAAUCUAGGGAGAUUUGGAGCAUACCUACAGUAAACAAGAAGGCGAUCAAAAAUAAUGAUGACAUUCCCUUUUUGUGUAAACUAAAAGCCGUACUAUCACCCCCUAAGAUUUUAAGUCCCAUGAUUUAUCCCAGAUUGAAAGACUCACGUGAAGAGUCCGCGGAACCGCCUUUGAAAAGAUUUAAACCGUCAUCUAGGCUGUGCAUGCCUUUACAAGAUACUUCUAGGAGACGUUCUAGGGCAACCAGCACUCGGUUAAGUACUCCCAUAGUUAAACGUAAAAUAGCAAGUAGUGCAGUGUCGGCGACACAAGCUCGACAGAGUAUUUUAAAGAGUCACAACUUCACACUGGACAAUUCAUUGGAGGUGCUGGAGAAAACUGAUGAUAGUUUAGCUGACAAUGCCAGCAAGGAUUUGCCAUCUGUCCGACAAUCGAGCGGUCUGGGUUUAACACCAAGGCGACCAUUAACGAAAAGUUCUAAGCCAGAGGUUCGCUUUACUCUCACAAGGUGUCCAUCGGAUUCCUCUGAAGUGAGUGAACAGGCCGGCACCGUUGUCGAAGAGAAGGUCAUGGUGCAUGCCGCACUGGAUGGGUCUGUUGAGCACACGAUCUCUCCACCCGUUUCGAAGAGAGUUACAAAUUCAGACUCACGUAAACGAACCUAUCAUGAAAUUACCAAUGAAGAAAUUAUAUCACUGUCAGACCUACCAAAGACGCCUAGAUCAAGAAAAAGUUAUAAAGAACACGUAACCGAGAGAAUUCGAUCAAGCCCUAGGCUUAAUCCAGUUACAGAGCUAUUUAAAAAUGUCACAACCGAUUUGAAGGAAGAAUCGUAUGUAGAAUCCGAUGUGAAUGAGCCUGAACAAAAUUUGGUUGUAACGACAACCAGAACGUUGAGAUCACGAAGAAGUUAUCAAGAAUUCACAAAACCGUCACAGUCAAGCACAAAUCUUAGGAAAACAAAAUCGAAGACGCAGGAAACUAAGUCGUCUCUUUGUAGGGACGUACUUGAAAAUAAUGCUUUCAACAAGAUGGUGGCUCUUUCGACCACUACUAUUGAACAAGACAUCUCCACACUUCCAAGCGAAGAAAACCAGAACAUCGUCUCUACAACAGAAAAUCAUGCUAAUGAAAGCUAUCAAUGUGAGCAGAUGGACGUAUCUGAAAUCAUUGAAAGUGAUCCGGUUGUGGCUUCGGAAGUCGAAGUCCCUACGAAUAACCAAGACAAUGAUGCGGAAUCUGGUCUGAACGUUGAAAUUAAACCUGACGUUGUCAGUGCAGAUGUCGAAAUUGGCGCGUCGGGCGAGGAAGCAGGCAAACAAGUGCCGGAAGUCAGUUCUUCUGUUGAAGUUGGUCCAUUAACCGAAGAAAAUUUCAAUCUGUAUGACGAUUUGCAAGAUGACAUUUAUGGAUUGGCCGAUCCGGACAUGUAUCCCUGUGAUGUGCCCAUCGAAUUGAAUGAAGAAGUUUGCUUAUCUUCUAUCGCCCAACAGGAAAGUGAUGCUGAUGUUUUAAAUUUAUCUGCUGGUGAACAUUCACUCUGUUCUUCAAAAGUUGACGAAGAAGAGAGGUACAGUGAUCUUGAUCCGACUGGCUUAAAAUCAGACUCCGAACAUGAUAGCGCACACCCAUCGACUUCAAACGACGGCGAAGUCAUCGAGCUUAGCAGUGACAGUGGCGAAAGGGAUUUGGACUCUCCUUCGGAAUCCGAAUUGAACUCUUCGCUAAAUGCGGACAGUUAUAGCUCUCGUUCUCGUUCAUCUGAAGAACUAAGUACGACCAGUGAAGCCGACUCGUCAAAGUCGGAAACCGACGUUUCAAGUGCGGAUAGCAGUUUGGAAAAGUUGGUACAUUCAUCGGAAGCCAUAACUGAGAUAAAUUUGCUAGACGUGUCCGAAGAAAAUACAGUGACGAAGUCUGCUUUGAAUGAUAACGAUGAAAACGUCGAGCGCGAGGAAUCGAAUAAAAAUGCAGACGCUACAGUACCAAAAAGCGAUUCUGUUGUUGACAGCAAUGAGGAAAUUGCUACAGCAUCCAGAAGAGAUACUCUUUCAGAUGAUCCCGGUGUUCAACCGGUAAAUCAAGAAUUAAACGAAUCUGAUAUUUUUAACACACCAAGUCAAAAUGCGAACGUAAAUCAGGAUGCAAGUUCUGUGGCUUGUGGAAGUAACGCAGAUAUCUUUAAUGAAACUGUUGAAAGUGUCAAGUAUGACAUUAUAGAUGAAAGCAGCUUUCUAAAGACCCCCCCUGAUUGUACUCCUUCAGAUAAUCGUGCAAGGAGUAGUGAUACAAACAAGGAUGAAGUUACAAAAAAUUCGUCUAUAAGUUACGAUGGUCUGUUAUCUCUGCAAACGGAACAACAAAGUACACCAGUAACACGUUCCAAACGAUCACUGCAACGUAUGGACACUCCAGACGUGAAAGAUAUGAGGAAAUUUUCGCUUAAAAGGAAUAUGAGCACAUCAGAACCUAAUAUCAGUGGCGAAUUAGUACCAGCGAAUACCUCAAUUGGAGACUCUCGGCAAACAAUUCCAGCAAGUAGAAAAAGAAGUGCAAGUGUUGACAUACUAACAGAUGCAGAAGCAUUUGAAGGCAUAGCGAGUCACUCUACACCAACAAAGGACGAAGCUGUGCCGGCCAGAAGGAAAAGAAGUGCAAGUUCUAGCACAACAGCGCAAUCACACGACACUAUAAUAUCUAGCUCAAAAUCAACAGCAAUCCCGGCAAGAAGGAAACGAAGUUUAAGUGCUAACGAUACCACACUAGAAUCUUCAAGCUUUCAACGAAAUUUACGUAGUAGAAGUGUGGAUAUCGAAGGAGCUCCCCAAAAGCUCGAAACAACUAGUUCUGCUAAGAGUAGUAAUAAAACAACUGAAAGUAGGAGACGCAAAAAGACACCGCCUACUUCAUCCCUACCUAAAAUUGAUGAAGACUACACCAGCUCCAGGAGGCUUACUCGCAGGCAAGCCAAAAUGUUAGAAAAAGCUAUAGGCGAUCAUGUAACUACGCCCGUUACUGAACUAAGUACAGAUACAAUGCAUUCGGAUGAAUCCCUACCAUCAAACGUGUCGGAUGAUGCGAUAGGUUAUCGAUUGAGAAGUAGAAGUGUCUUGUCAGAUUCUUCGGUCGUCCAUUCUGAAGCCGAUAAUUCUAUUAACGUUACUAUGGAAGGAAAUAAAUCAAGUACACUCCAAACUGAAAGUCAACCUCGGAGGUUAAGGAAAACAAGACUGAAUUCUAAGGACAGUGAUACAAGCACUAUUAGUGAAGCACAUUCGGAAAUUGCAAUUAAAAAACCUGCAGCGAUUACAAGAAGAACUCGUUCUACAACAGAUGAAAUAGAGCGUCCAAGUCUACGGAGAAGUAAAAGAAACUUACAAAAAUCUACAUUACCCCAAAUUUUAGAGGAGCCUAAUGCCGACGGAAAUGCUAAAACGAAAAAACAGAAGAAAAAUUUAUAAAGUAAAUAAAAUUGGUUGUGAUGUCGAACACGCACCUUGUUAGUUUCAAUUUCGUUUUUUAAAUAAAAUUUGUUGUAUUC